ACGUAAUUCAUUCGCCAAACUCCAAAAUUACACCAACUCAGCUCAUUCACAGUAGCCCAUUGAUAAUCUGACGUUUGGUUCGUCUGUUUUAUUCGGGCGAGGCGUAUGUAUUGUGCUGCUAAGUUGUUGAAAAUUCCCAGCGACUGAGGGGUAAAUCGAACGAAAUCUUCAAUCAAGCAAUUCAGAAGGCGAAUUAACGACUUAAAAUCGCUUUAAGGUUUUCGUUGCUUAGAUUUCCACGUCAUAUAACAUGGCGAAGGACAAGAAGAAAGCAGUAGCGGGAGGCAAAGCGGCCGUGAAAGCAGCCAAGGCUGCAAAGCAAGAAAAGAAGGCUGGCAAGAAAGACAAAAAGGUGGCGUCGAAGACUCAAGAGAUCGACUCAGAUGCUGAAGAGGUGGAUCUCGAUGCCGUAUUAGCACAGUAUGCGAAAGAGCAGGAACAGUACCACGCGAUCACGGAAGUAGCAAGCGAGCCACCAUCAGCGAGGACAUCGGGUACAAUCAUUGCAAGCCCUGCGACCGAGAAUGAGCUGUUUCUAUUCGGCGGAGAGUACUUCAACGGUGCGACUGCAAAGUUCUUCAACGAUCUGCUCAUAUACAACAUCAAGCAGGAUUCGUGGAAGAAAGUCACGAGUCCGAACUCACCGCUGCCACGGUCAGGACACGCCUGGUGUAGGGCUGCAAAUACGAAGGACAUAUAUCUCUUUGGUGGCGAAUUCAGUUCCCCAAAGCAGGGGACCUUCUAUCACUACAACGACUUUUGGCGUUUGGACCCGAUGAACAGAGAGUGGACGCGAGUUGAGGGCAAGAGUAAGACAGCUGCUCCCCCAGCUCGAAGUGGACAUCGUAUGGUGAGUUUCAAGCAGUAUAUCAUUCUGUUCGGAGGCUUCCAAGACACAUCAGCUACGACGAAGUAUCUGAACGACCUAUGGAUUUACGACUGCAUAAACUUUGCAUGGCACACGCCAAAGCUCCAGGCAGCACGUGCAGUCCCAGAUGCACGAUCAAGCUUCACACUGCUACCGCACGAACAAGGCGCUGUUAUCUACGGUGGAUACUCCCGUGUCAAAGCUGUUGCAGGCGGAAAGCAACAGCAGCAACAAAAAGGGAAGAAGGGCGGGGGCGGAGGCGGACCAGCCUCGCGUAUGGUGCUCAAACCAAAGGUUCACGACGACACUUGGUUCUUGCGUAUCACACCUCCGCCUGCCGAUCAGCCUUCAACAACACUCCCAACAGUGUCUUGGGAGAAGCGCAAAAAGCCUGCAAAUGCUCCAAACCCGCCGCGUGCAGGUGCUACGAUGGCUUACCACAAGGGUAGAGGUGUGCUAUUUGGCGGCGUACACGAUGUCGAAGAGAGCGAAGAAGGGAUAGAUUCUGAGUUCUUCAAUCAACUGUUUGUUUGGAACGUUGAGCGAAACCGAUACAUGCCACUCACUCUCCGCCGACCGAAGACGAACGCAAACAAGAAAGCUGCGCAGCAAGCGAACAUUAACCGCCGAGACCGUGGCAAGGCUGCAGAAGAAGAGCUUCUUGCCAACCUCAAGGCACUUGAAAUGAAAGCCGGAGUCCAAACGGCGGCAGACUCGGAUGACGAAGCGGAAAAAGCAAAAGAAGAGGAAGAAGAGGAGGAAGCACGUCCGGAAAAGCCACGCAUAUUCGAGUACCCCCAUCCACGAUUCAACGCCGCACUUACCGUGCAAGCUGACACGCUAUACAUCUACGGCGGCACCUUCGAAAAGGGCGACCGCGAAUUCACCUUCGACGAGCUAUGGUCCGUCAAUCUAAACCACCUCGAUGGCGUGACGGAGAUCUUCAAACGCGAGCUAGAAGACUGGCAAGGCAGCGAAGAUGAAGCUGACUCGGACGAUGAAGACGAUGAGGACGACUCAGAAGAGGACGAAGACGAAGACGAAAAGAGCACACCCACUUCAACAGCGCCAACGAGCGUCACAGACUCCCCGCUCGUCGUCCCCUCAAAGGCAACUCCCGAGGACGAUCUCGGAAACCAGGAAGAAAUCUCCGCACUCACAGAUACCCUUCCCCAUCCCCGUCCAUUUGAAUCCCUCCGCGAAUUUUACGCUCGCACAUCAGAGCAGUGGCAGAACAUCAUUCUGGACGAGCUCACUCAAGGAUCAAAGAUCAGCCCGAGGAGCCCGAAGGAGAUCAAGAAGAUGGCUUUUGAGCGUGCGGAGGAGAAGUGGUGGGAUUGCAGGGAGGAGAUUCGUGCGUUGGAGGACGAGCAGGAAGCCGCGGGGAUUGGAGAGGUGGUUAGUUUGGCUGAUAAGGAGGGUGCUGGUGGGGUGGGCAGAAGGAGGUAGUUGGCGAUAAAAUCUAAUUCGCCGUUACGUGAUCGAGUCAACAAGUGCGUAUGUAAAAAUCGAAGUUGCAUAUUUCUACACAAUCACCAUAAUUGGGUCAUUAACUCGGGCAACGCUACACUUGAUAAACAGGCUGUAAGACCUCACGCCAGGCCAUACAUAGUAUACUUCCAUUCUACAUGAUGGCCUCCACCACCUCUGAAACCCAGUCCAAUUGCACAGCACUGACACCUCUCGCCCAUGCCUUACCAGUAAACAGAAACUCGUUGAACACAAUCGCCUCCACCUUUCGUCCGAACAGCACCGAGCUUGGA